AUGACCUUUCCCAGUCCAAUUGGAGGCAAUAUUGGGCAGUGUUUCCCUCACCUCUCGCUUCUGUCACUUGCUCAUCCAGCUCAAGUCAACUUGCCUUGUACACGCCUUACUGCGCUCACUCACGCCUCAGGGAGUCCUUUCAGGUCACCCUUUCUCCUUGGAUAUACUUAUGUCUCCUUGCAGCUGCUGCUGGAAGAGGUGUUGACAGAGCACAAUGAACUGACCACUCAUACACCCAUGUCCACAAAUGUGACGUCCACAGAAGGUCCUUACGACAAAAUGCUCCUUCGCCACUCGAGCCCCACGACGGUAGUCAGACAUUAUCGUCCAGAAAUGUAUCUUCCGUGCCAAAAAUUUGCCCAGCACAUGCCACUCACAGGAUUGUCACUUGUCGGCCGAUGUCUGCUCCCAAGUAGUGCAUUGGUUGGCCGCGGUGUCUGCAUACAACAGGACCUCAUUGCUACUGGUGUUAGAGCACCGGAAUGCAUUUGUAUACAUGUUGAUCUCACCACAAAUGCUCUGUUUAAUUUCUGGCCUGUGUGGCUUCAGACGUCCGCCAUACCCCCGUCAAGCCGACGCCUGGCCAUCAGGAUGGAUAAUACCAGUUUCCUGUCCGGCCCUACAAUCACUUGCAAUGGACCAGCCCAACUGAACGGCUUGAUAGGUCCUGACCAGCUCAUAAAAGGCAACCAUCCUACCAGCACCGGCACCGGUACAGGUCCCGACCUCAACUCAGUCAUGGCCACCGGCACCACGGCUCUGACGUAUCCACUAACUUCGCCACCCCUCUGUCCACAGCCUUGCAGACAGACUCUUGAUGAUGCAACCAUAGCG